AUGUCGACGCGGGAUAAGACGCUCAUACAGACGGUGGAUGAGUUAGCUCAAUUGCGAGCUAGCGUUUCGCAAUUUCAAGCGACUUUCAAGUCGAUUAUUCAACAUGCUCCUCGGUUUGACGAGUAUAAGAAGUUGUUAGAUGUCGCUGGUGGUGAUGGUGGCUCCACCACCACCACUGAGGCCAAUAAUGCCAAUGCUAAUGCGGGCACUGGCACUAAGGCUGAUGCCGUGGGCAAGACUGGCGAAAUGAAGGUUGUCGUGGACAAGUUGCGCGACUUGGUGUAUACUCCCCAGAUUAAGGUUGCGAUCCGUCUCAAGGUCUUGUACGAGGCGAAUCGAUUAGUGGUGUUGAAGCGAUUGGCUAAUAUCAAAUUCAAAACUGGCAAUGGCAGUAGUAGUAGUAGUGGCGGUGGCGGUGGUGGUGGCAGUGGUAGUGAUCUGGAUAAUGCGUUGGAACAGUUUUUGCAAGUUGUUCCUAGCGACACGGAUAAUGCCGAAACUAGCAAUGGAGGAGAAACUGCAGAGGCGCACGAGGAGGAGAGCAAGGCGGCGGCGGCGGCGGCGGCGGCGUUGCACCUGUAUCCGCCUACAUUACCACCAAUUCGCGAUCAGCUGUUGUUGAUUAGGAUCACCACCGACAAGUCCUAUAGACAAAUUUCCGACUUCGUAGAGCUGACCUCGUCAAAAUUCAACAAUAGCCAUAAUGGCAAGUUGGCCAUGCAAGGAAGAACUCUUAUGGAGUGGAUAUUGUUUGGGAUCUUGUCGAAACAAUUUCCCAGUAUGUAUGAAGAAGACUUGAUUGUCAUUCGCAGCCGGUUGAUGUCGCGCGCAGUGUUGGCCCGGUUCGCAUUUGGAUAUAACUUGGUCGACUCGAUGAAGUAUCAAUUGUCGGUGGAUGCAGAUAUUGAAGACAAGAUGGAGUUGGUGGGUAAAAUCUUUUUAAGCUAUAUUGCCGGCUUGGAAAUUGAAGGCUACAAGUUAGAUUCACUCAGGGCAUGGUUGCAGCAUCUUUACCAACCCAUGAUUUCCGAUGUAAUGAAGACUGAUGACCCCGCGAGGAAAAUGGGCAUGAUUGAGUUGGAAUCGUUGUUUAAGCUGGCCACCAAUUUGAACCAACUACCUCGCAAAGAUGUCAAUUUCAAAGUGAUUCAUACUAAGUCUGAUCCUUUUGUCGCUGAGAUUAUGUUGAAUGACCAAUUGUUGGCGAUCGGUUCCUCGGUGGCUACUUUUGAAGAAGCACAGGAUCGAGCCGCGAUGGAGAUUAUUAAUGACCCGCAAAAGAUUAAGAUGGUGUUUAAGAUGAUGACGGAAAGUUAUGUGGGUAGUAUCAAUAAGCGACAUUUUGAAGUUGCGUUUCCAACGAAUCCCACACAACCUCAUUCUGGCUCUGCACAUCUGCAUGGUGAAGAAACAGCUGUAGCAUCUCAAAAGGAAUUUGCAAAUUCCGCAGCAGGGCAGCCACCACCACCACCACCACCACCACCACCACCACAGCAACCACAGCAACCACAGCAGCAACUGCACGAACCACUGCAUGAACCUCUGCGUGAGCCACCACAUGAGCCUCUGUUCCAUUAUCAGUCUCAGUCUCAGUUUCAACCUCAGCCGGGGUUCAAUUUCUCCAAUGGUGGUGUUCCAUAUGUGCCAUUUCCAUACCAACAACAACAACUACCACAACAAUCACAACAGCAGCCACCACAACCUCAACAAUCACAAUCACCUCAAAAUACCCAAGCCGCAAAUGUCAUGCCACAAACAAAUGGAAUACCCCAGUAUACCUCGUAUCAACCACGCUACCCCGAUAUGAACCGAGCACAAGCACCAGACCAAUUUUCAAAAUACGCACCUCAACCACCAUUUGGUUUGCAGCAAGCAAUAAACCCAGCAGAGGCACUAGUGCCCACGAUACCACUAGCUCACAAGGACAUCAACAUGUCAGCGAAAAACACAUUGUAUGCUAUAUUAGGACCACGUAUGCUCCAGGCUGAAUAUAGUCUCAAGCAAAUUGGAAUGGAGUUCCACACUACUUGCAGCGUCAAUGGCGUUGAUCUCGGCUAUGGUAUCGAUUCCACCAAGCAGAAGUCGGCUCAAAAAGCUGCUAUGGCUGCGUUGAGUAAUACUGCUGGGCUCCUGCGGUUUGUGAAAUGA